CAUCAAUCAGCCACCGGAAACCAAGUCUGGAACCGCCCCCUGAGUAGCUGACAGACCAAUAAAAGAAGAGCAAGCUCGAAGGGGGCGGCAAUACCACAGGGUAGGUUGUGGCGGUUCCCCUGGUUGUACGUGGAGGGGGUUGAGGAGUCUACGGGCGUCUCGACGAUGUCUUGACAAGGCGCGGGAACAGCAGUGACAACGUGCAGAACCCUCCCCACCCCGGGAAGGAGGUGAAAGGAGCCGCUCAGCUCCCGAGGAAAGUCAUCCCAGCGCUGUGUUGAGGCGGGUUGCUAGGGGGUUCGUAGCCCUGAGGGGUUGGGGGAGGGGAGCAAACGACGAGCGGUUUUUCGUGCGCAUGCGUUGAAGUUACCGCUGCCCGGGACCAUCUUGACGCGCAUGACUGAAGCCGGAGGACCCAGUGUUGCCGGUGGAGUGGCGCCUGCGUGGUGAGGAUCCCGCUUAGGACAGGACUAGCCCCAGGUCUAUAGUAUGCUGGGCUGGCGCCCUGUGACGUAGCGAGGAGUCCUUUAAAGUGCUCCCGAAAACCCCUGCUCUGCAGAGCGGAACCUGAUCACACUUAAUUGGAACCUGAUUUUUUCGGUUUCUGCUCCCCAGACGGCUGCUGCCAUUGGGACUGUGGGAUGAGGCGGCCGGAGAGAUCUGGGCGACCUGGUGAUGUGUUCUUCCCGUCAGCUGGAGACCUUUGAAGAGAUCCCGGGAGGAGGCCCUGCUGCUUCUGCAUGACAUAGUCAGGCUGCUGCGGCUGAGGCCUCCCGGUGGCCACGGGGCCCCUCCAAGAGCCAGGAUUCCGCCUGUUCGCUUGCUAAUCCCUACCUGUCCUUCCCCUGAAGGAGGGGGAAAAAAGGGGGUUUACUUCUGGCAAACCGGGCUUCGAUCCUUGGAUCUUGUCCUACCCCCGUUCCACAAGGAGAGCUUUCAGACCUCUGAGGAGGAAGGGGACCAGAGCUGGACUGCGCUGACCCUCCCCACAAAGGUUUACGGGCUUUCUUGCAUCCAAGACCGGAACCUAGGAGAAGAUUUCUGCCCUGACCCGUCGCCCUCCCCAAAGGGGAGGAAAACCCCCAUGAAGUAUUGAAGCCGCAGCAUUCUCAAAUGCUUUGAGAAGGGACCGACCUAUGGAGGAUUGAAGAAGGACCAUCUUUCCUCCCCUCUCAACCUUCCUGGCUUCCAUCUCCUAGAGGAGAAGGGGAUCCUGUGGACCUUAAAAUCUACCUUUGGAGGGCUGUAGGCAAACCGUCUUUUUCAGAAGGAACAUUCGCAUACAGCUGGUGCAGGCCAUGAAUAGCAGCAGCACUUCCCACUCUCCAGUUCCCAGAGUCGGGUAUCUAGGAGAUCAAUAGAGGAAAGGUGGGGGUGGGGUAGGAAGCAGCUAUGGCUGCUGCCAGCGGCUACACCGACUUACGGGAGAAACUCAAGUCCAUGACAUCCCGGGAUAACUACAAACCCAACAGCCGCGAGGCUGCCGUGGUGGCCGUUGCUGCUGCGGCUGCAGCUGCUGAGCCCUACACCAUCCCGGCCAAACGUAAAUACCAUGAAGACUCAGAUUCCGAGCGCAGUGACUACGAGGAGCAGAAGGAGGAGGAGGCCCGCAAAGUGAAGAGCGGCAUCAGGCAAAUCCGCCUCUUCAGCCAGGAUGAGUGUGCCAAGAUCGAGGCCCGCAUCGACGAGGUGGUGUCCCGAGCAGAGAAAGGGUUGUAUAACGAGCACACUGUGGAUCGGGCCCCCCUCCGCAACAAGUACUUUUUUGGAGAGGGCUAUACCUAUGGGUCCCAGUUGCAGAAGCGAGGUCCCGGUCAGGAGCGGCUCUAUCCACCUGGAGACGUGGAUGAAAUUCCGGAGUGGGUGCACCAGCUGGUGAUACAGAAGCUGGUGGAGCACCGUGUCAUCCCCGAAGGCUUUGUCAACAGCGCAGUCAUCAAUGACUACCAGCCCGGAGGCUGCAUUGUCUCACAUGUGGAUCCCAUCCACAUCUUUGAGAGACCCAUAGUGUCGGUCUCUUUCUUCAGUGACUCCGCCCUCUGCUUCGGCUGCAAGUUUCAAUUCAAGCCCAUCAGGGUGUCUGAACCUGUGCUGUUCCUGCCUGUGAGGAGAGGAAGUGUGACUGUGCUCAGUGGAUAUGCUGCUGAUGAAAUCACCCACUGCAUACGACCACAGGAUAUCAAGGAGCGUAGAGCUGUGAUCAUCCUUAGGAAGACAAGACUUGAUGCUCCACGAUUGGAAACGAAGUCCCUAGGUAACUCUGUGUUACCUCCUGGUUACACUUCUGAUCGUCUAUCAGGAAGCAACAGGGACCAGAUCCUAAAACCAAAGCGGUCCCACCGAAAAGCAGAUCCAGAUGCUGCUCAUAGGCCACGAAUUUUAGAAAUGGAUAAGGAAGAGAACCGGCGUUCUGUCCUCUUACCAAAACACAGGAGAAGGAGCAGCUUCAGCUCUGAGAACUAUUGGCGAAAGUCUUAUGAGUACACAGAGGACUGCGGAGAGGAUGAUGGGAGCCCAGCCCGAAAAGUGAAGAUGAGAAGACACUGAGAAAUGAGCAAAAAGACUCAAGCUGCAGAAACCAGCCUCCCUUCUGUGAAAACUUUCUUUGGCUGUUUCUCAUAGCUUUUUUUUUUUUUUUUAAAGAGUUUUUUUCUUCAUUUUAGGGCUGAAGAAAGGAACUGGGACAGGAUCCGUAAUUUUUUUUUUUUUUUUUUUUUUUUUUUUUGUUCACUUAUUUUCCUGAAUGGAAAUGAUAUUGAGGCAUCUUUGUUGCUGGGGAGCAUUGGUUACCACCUGGUCAGAUAGAUGGGCACUUUGCCCUCAUCAGGCAGAUAAAGUUCAAGCUGUGCUAGGCUGUGUUUAUUUAAAACACCAAAAAUGUUUUACUGUUUCACUGCUGAAGAUUCAAGAAAUUAGUCCUUUUGCUUUAAUUGUAAAUUUUUUUAAAUGUUCUAAAUAUAUUGUUUGACCCCCAGAGUUGAAACUUGGUCAUGGCCUCUUCAUGCUUUACCAACCUAGAAUAGGGCUUGCUAAGCCCUAAGUCUCCUGUUGAUUUCUUUUCUCUUAACCUGCCAUUUGGUAACUGGAAUCUUGAAGUUUGCAAAUUGCUCUUCCUGCAACAGAUUUCCAAGUUGCUUAGGACAUCUAGCUGAUAGCUUAUAUGGCCACUGCACCAAACUCUGUUUUCUCCCAGAUGUGCAGUUGUCACACUUCUCAACCAGUUCUUGACCAUUCCCAGCAGCCCAGGAGAAAGGGAGCGGGAGGAAAAGUGGUACUGGAACAGAGCCCUUUGUUUAAAUAGCAUGAUUUUGUUCAUAGGUAUCUCCUUUCAUGCAAUUGGACAUAUGUGUGAAUAUUUGGAUAAGUUAGAGUCUUCUCAUGUUUUGGUCGGUUUUAGAAAUUUUUCUAGCAAGGAGGACUGAUGUCCUUCCAAUUCUAGGGUUUGGAAUAUGGAAAAGUGUCAUGGCGUGUGGUGGGUUUUUGUCUAUAAUCUUUUUUGUCUUCGCUCUUUCCCUUCUUUCUUGAUGAGGACCUAGCCUGGGAGAGGUCUCCAUGUUACAUGUUCAGCAUUUGGCAGUCUAUUUUCUAGGUCCCUUUUAAGAGAAGGCUCCUCCUUCUCUUAUUUCCCUUCUCCCACCCCCACCCCCCAAGGCAAGGUCUUCAGAUGAUAUCAACUUUUGAAAAUUCUCUUUUUCUCUCUUCUUUUAACCUUUUAAUUCUUAUAGAAAGGGGAAUUUCCACAGGUUUUCAUGGCUUAGUGUUGGCCAUGAGGAAAGAUAAGAGUUGGCUGAUGGAAAUUUGUACUUCACCUGAGAUUUUUUUCUUCAUCAGCUUCUUGGGAGGGUUGUGAGUGUUACAAGUAAUGGAAAGAGCCUUUUUAAUACAUUUUUUAAAAUUAAAAAAAAAAAACCUUUAGCAACUUUCAAUGAGUCAGGCCUGUUAAAACUGAAGUCUUAAUCAUUUUGAACUGCUAGGAAUUCUUAGUAGACACAGGGCUCCAUUGGCCAUAAAGAUGACUCAGGAGAAACCUGACUCCUGCUGCUAAGACCUUAACUUUCUUUUCCCACCUAAUCCUUCUCUGUUCUGUCCUGUUGACUUAACUUGUCUGAGGCCUUGAAGGCUCUGGAGGUUUGGGGUCUAGUGAUAAAUUUAGAACCCUCUUUUGAAAUACAAAUUUAAAAAAAAACUUCUCAGAUUUUGAUUCCUUGAAUCUGGAUUUAAGUACUAAAGCAGUUGCAGCUUUAUUUUUUUUACAGCUUUUUUCCCCAAAAAAAUUAUUUGUAGUUUUGUGUGUUUGGCACUUUGCUAUGAUCUGUGUGCUCUACAAUAAAAACAAAAUCUAAUAUAUUUUGAAACAUAUUGUCUGAUGCUGUCCUAAAGAGUGACUUUAUUUUGUUAAGUUCCCUUUCUCUACUUUACCCCUUUUUGAAAAAGGGAUCGGUUCCCUGUCAGUUUUUGAGGGUGAAACCAUACUGCCUGCAUGUAGCCGAAGAGGAUCCUGGCACCCAGGACAAGUUAGUUGGUAGUGUCUGAGUAGUCUGCUUCACUGAAGGAAAGAAAAGAUAUUGUUUAGGUAGUUUGAAUCCUGACCUAGGAUGGAGCACUUUGUCUCUUAAAAGGCUUACAAAAUCCAGGCAGGUUUAGGGUAUAUAGUGAGCCAUCUCUGUAAAUCCAUUGCCCCAUGACAUAAACACCACCCUCAGAAAAUAGCAUCUUUCUCCUGUAUCCAUCAAGGCCCCAGGUGACCCUUACUGGUGGCUUGCCAACUACAGAUUAUAUCAUAGUGAUGUUUAUCCGUUCUUUAGUUACUUGGUCUGGGGUCCUGACCUAUGUGGCUGGUGGUUACCAUUUUCUCACCUUCCUUUGAUAGAAGAGGUAAGGAAAUAAAACAGUGAUUGUUCUGGGAAUCUUCCUCUUUCGAGUGGAGUGCUGAAUAUCACCAAACUCCAAACUAUUCCGUAGCUACCUGACACACACAGAUAACAGUUUGGCUGGAGAAGAAGGUCUUUCCAAAUAGACCAGGACUUGGAGUUUUUCUAGAUAAUUUGAGGGCCGACUUGAUAGGUGUCCAGGUGGCUCUCAAUCAUUUAAUUUGUAUGAAAUAACUGUUCUUCAUCUCCCAUCUUUUAUUUAGUGGAUCUAAAGUUCUGGAGAUGGGGAGACUAUCUAAGUGUCUCUUGGAUAAACCAGACCCAGCCAUGUUGUUUGGCUGUGCAAUGUUGACAGGUAUGAAAUCUGAACCAGCAGGUACCCUAAUACCUUCUCUUCUUUGCGGACUCUUAAGAAGUAUUAGGAGGAUUGGAAUCAAAAGGGAAAGGGGACAGCAAUGGGUUGACAGCACUGGGAGUUUGAAUUUUAGGAAUUCAUUCAGACUCUUACAAGCUUAGAAUUAAGCUUUUGUGUUUCUGCUCACAAGGCCACCUACUUCUCAAUCUCUCCCUAGCUUCUAGGACAUUAAUAAGACAGUUCACUUAAAAGUUACCAAGAACCAACUGGAGGCAGGUCGUGAGAGCAGCAGGUAGGACGGUAUGCCCACAACUUCCCCUGGUUUCUCUGACUGCAAGUGGCAAGGGAGUGAUGGCACAGGCCCCAGUUUACCAACAUAUCAACCUGCAGCAGCAAAGAGAACCCUGCAGAAUGAAAAAGACUCAAAACAAGUGAGUCCAUUUGUCUGGUUCUUGAGCAAAACUGUCUUGGAGAGCAGAGGAAAGAUUUUCCUAAGCAACCUUGACCCACUAAUAACUAGAGCCUUAGCAGUGAAAAUCCGGACUGAAUUAGAUCUGAUCUAGGCUUUUACCAGAUCCGUAAAGAAGAAAAGGGAGAAUUAUAGGCUCUGGCUAGAAAUAUCACUGAUUACAGUUGUGUGGGGGAUUUAACAGAACCAUUAAGAACCUUAGCUUUUGUCAGCUCUGGAGAACACGGUGGUACUGAGGUAGACAUUGAUCUUCUCCCUUUUUGAUCUCUUGACCCUCCCCUUCCCCUGUUCAAACAUCUGGUAAAACCUAAGUAUUUCUAGCUCCAACUGGGUAAACAAACCACUGUAAAAAUCCAGACUUGAGAGUUUGACUGUAGGAUAGGAACCCACAAGUGGGUGAGAGGGUCAUGUCUGGCACUAACCUGAAAAUCCUCAAGCAGGUGGCUUCUUAGGCCUUGGCAGACAGCCUGACCAGCCAGUUUUCCCUAGGCCUUGUGCCCUCGAUGGAGAAAAUCUCAACUUUCCAGGUUGGAUUGUGAAGAAUUCAGAUUUGCUGUCAUCUUAGCCUUCUUUGAAAUAUCAAAUGCUACUUUCCCCUCCUGCCUUGCAAACUUCCUUUUGAUGAGCCCUUUUCUUACAGCUGGACACUUGCUGAGAGGAGCAGGGGAGGGAUGGGUACAGUCCUUUAAAAAGAACUUUGUUACAAAAGUGGCAAUAUUUAUUUUCUUUAAUAUUUCAUAGAAGUAUAGUUUGUUACAGAGCUAUACAGUGCAAGACCCAGACGCACUGGAAUUGAGGGGAUGCCUGUUGGAAAAGGGGCAGCUUGUCAUUCUAGUUAAUUCUGAGAAUUUUAGCUGGGCCCCCCCACCGUUUGUAUAAAAUGUUACAUUUAAUGUAAUAAAAGCAGGAAACACUGA